UUGGAGGCUCAAAAUCCUUACACAUGGCGUAGCCAAUCAAGAACGCUAACACUGAAUGCGAUCAGUGCAACGACCCACAAUGAUGAAAGGGUGGUCUAUAGUCGGUAAAGCUCUUCAAUCAAAAGCCUAUCUUAGUACCAUGUCCCUUAUGAUGUUACAAAAGGGUAGCUUAUCCUUUCGUAUAGGCAAAGGUGGUUUCAAGAUUCCAAGAUAUCAAAAUACUUACCGCCUCGAGCCUUACAAAACUUUCAAGUACGAAACCGUUGAUCUAAUACUGAUGGAUGUGAUGCGGAAUUAUUUAACUGGUUUGAAAUAUCAACCUCAGAACAAAAAAAAACUGUUCAUAAUAUUGCCAGUGCAACGACCCACAAUGAUGAAAGGGUGGUCUAUAGUCGGUAAAGCUCUUCAAUCAAAAGCCUAUCUUAGUACCAUGUCCCUUAUGAUGUUACAAAAGGGUAGCUUAUCCUUUCGUAUAGGCAAAGGUGGUUUCAAGAUUCCAAGAUAUCAAAAUACUUACCGCCUCGAGCCUUACAAAACUUUCAAGUACGAAACCGUUGAUCUAAUACUGAUGGAUGUGAUGCGGAAUUAUUUAACUGGUUUGAAAUAUCAACCUCAGACUUGUAUGCGAAUCUGUCAGAAAAUGUCAACAGAAGUGCGGGACAGAAUUUGCAGAAAGUAUUACGAUCGAUACAAAGUUAUAAUUGUCAUGUCGAUCGUUCAGAAAUUAGGGCAAGACGUGCAUAUCGGUUUUGGCAAAUUAUGGGACGUCCAGAGAGAUACUUAUUCAACCCAUGUAAUCGAGACUCCGGAAUUCGCCGCGAUGGGUCUUGUCGUGGGUACUUAUUACGAAUGAAUUAAUUGAACAAAAAAUCGAUGAAACUGUGUCAAUUUGGUGAUGAUGAACAAUAAGCCCUGGAAAAUAUUAGCUUCUAAUUAAAUAAAGGUAAGGAGCGUUUAAAAAUGGGAUAAAAGCACACGUAUUUAAAUAAAAUUAAACAAGGAUUAAAAGAAAAAUGUACUGUAAAUCGGCUAAUAAUCGGCCCGAUUCAAUGUUCGGUGAUGCAUUAUUGGUU